ACCAUAACACUGCCAGCUAGCUGACCCACCGCAUGCCAUGGAGAGAUGAGAGAGAAGAGCACAGCACUUCCUCUCUCUCUCUGGGAGCAAGUCAUGUGAAUUAUGGAAGAAGCCAACGAAGAGCAGAGGAAUACUACCUCCACCACCCACCUUGUUGAUUUCGUAAAAUCCACAACAAAGCUCCGUGCGUGCCUUUGCAUCUACUGCACCUCUCUAUCUCUAAUCCUGUCCACACUCUGCCACUGCUGAUCAAUUCUGCAUUGGAUAUGGAUUUGGUCCUGUAUUCAUAGGUAUGAAUCGGAGUCUGAAGGAAUCUUUGGCCGGCGGGAGGAAUAUUCCGGGGAGAAUGGAGCACCGGCGAGGUCUGAGUUUCAACGGAGGAAUGCCCAAGGAAACCGACGAGAACUUGGAUCUCUUCUCUAGGAACCGCCGCAGUCUCUCCGUCGCAUCUUCCGACGAAUCAGACGUUUCGGUGAAGUUGGGGAGACUUUCAGUCGGGCCAGCGAAAUUGGCCAAGAGUGGAAUGGAUGAUCUACUGUCAGCGGCAGAUGGAGGAAAGCAUGAUUAUGAUUGGCUGCUCACUCCUCCUGGAACUCCUAUUUUUCCUUCAUCGGAUAGAACCGAGUCUCAACCACCCUCAGCGGCUCCAAGAAGCAGUUCAUUGGCUAGAUCAGUUUCUACAAAUAAGACUUCAAGGCUUUCAGUGUCCCAAUCAGAGAACAAUCAUCCAUCGAGACUAGUCAGAAGCAACUCAGUGACUCGCCCUUCAAUCUCAACUAGUCAAUAUAAUACCUCCUCAAAUAAAUCAACCUCAGUCCUCAACACCAGCUCGGCUUCAGUCUCAUCUUACAUAAGACCGUCCUCCCCUGCUACUCGUUCCUCAAUCUCCUCCUCUACUGCAAGACCCUCCACGCCUUCAUCUCGCUCCUCAAUGUCCUCAUCUACUGCGAGACCUUCCACCCCAUCAGCCCGUCCAGUGACAUCCAGACCCUCAACUCCUUCUAAAGCUCGUCCAUCGCCCACCACCUCUUCCAUCGAGAGAAUGAGACCAUCCCCAAAUUCAAGACCCUCAACUCCAAAUUCAAGGCCCUCAAUUCCUGCAAACUUGAAUACCCCAGCCACAAGGUCAGCUUCCCGCCCAUCAACACCUACUCGUCGGAAUUCAGCACCUUCUUUAUCUCCAUCAACAGCACCUUUGUCUCCAGAAGCAGGACUUUCAACACCUGUUGGGCGGAUGCCAUCAAAUGGGCGCAAUGCAGCAACGUUAUCCCGGCCUAGCUCCCCUAGUCCACGAGUUCGGCCUCUGCCUCAGCCAAUGAUUCUUCCUGAUUUUUCACUUGAGACACCACCAAACCUGCGAACAACAUUGCCCGACAGGCCGCUUUCUGCUGGUAGGUCCAGACCAGGUGCCGCUCUGACUGUCAAGGGGAAUGUAGAAACCCCCACUCCCACAAAUGUCCCUAGAAGACAACCAUCACCCAUUGUUUCUAGGGGAAGAAUCAUGGAAUCUCCUGUAAAGGGGCGUUUGCACGCUGUUUCACAAGUCAUUGAUACAAUGGAGACUCGUAAGGCAUCGCAUGUUCCAGAGUUAUCAUUGCGGAAACCAAUAAAAUCUUCAGCGACAUCCACUGAGAGCUCUGGAUUUGGUAGGAAUAUCUCUAAGAAAUCGCUGGACAUGGCUAUCAGACAUAUGGACAUUAGAAAUGGAACCAGUGGCAUUCGCCCUCUUUCUGGAACCACACGCUUCCCUCAGAGCAUUCGGUCUGCUAAUCCAAAAAACCAACCUGGUCGUGCUUUAAGUGCUCCAGCUUCUGUCAAUGGGAACCUGCCUGUCAGCAAUAAUGGUUUCAUUUCAGAAGAUGGAGACUAUAUAAAUAGGUCUCCCGAAAAUGGAACGAAAGAAGUGAAUUACCGACUUUCAGCGAAACUCAGUGAAAUGGACAUCUAUGAGAGCUCCCGGUAUGACACAAUUCUGCUCAAGGAAGACUUGAAGAACACAAACUGGCUGCAUAGUUUUGAUGGUAAGUCUGAUCAAGGACCCCUCUUUGACAACGGAUUUGAGCCCCUGCCUGAACCUUUUGACCCCUUAUAACCUCUGUGAAGUAAUUGUCCAUCAUGUUAUUUCUUUUUUCAAAAUUAUUUUUAGAUUUAUUUGUUCGGUUUUUAAGAACGGUGUCUUUUGGUUGCGCCAUGUUUACAAGGUAAGAGGGUUACUGUACUAUACAUUGUUGGUCUCUAUACGUUGUUUCCUCAACAAUGGGAGUGAAUAACAGCCUAUGUUCUGUAUCGAGGAAAAGAUUGGCAUUCUACUGAUUGUUAAUUUGUUAUGCAUAUAUGUUUUCGUUGAAA